AGACUGGCUCCGGAGCAGCUCCACAUGGCUGCUCCAGCUACUUCCAAUACGCAGGGUAUAUAUGUUGAGCUUCUUUCUUACCGUACGUAACCAACUGUGCUAAUCACAGGUGCAGUGAGAAUAUAUCCUUCACAGGAUGGGCAUGAUCCUAUAUAAGCUACACAAUACAAAGACGGUUACUACGUCGCGCGCAUUCGGAUGCGCUUCCCGCGGACUUUUGGAAUGCUCUUCCAACAUUAGGACCCCAUAAGAGCUGUGCACUUUUAAAUCAUCUCGAUUGAAAACUAACUUCUUUAGAAUGUAUUGUUGUGUUUAGUGUGUUGUCCUCCCCCCGCACCUCUGAUUAGCACGGUUGGCUACGUACGGUGCGAAAAAAGUUAAAUCAACAUAUAUACAAUGACCCGUGUAAACAGUACAAUCAGGCGAAUGUGUUUCAGAGUACAAGAAUGUGACAUCUGAUCUUAAUAUUUUAACAGAUUAAUUCAGACCCAUGGGUGGUGAUAUAUGUGGCCCAGCGAGGUUCUUGGAGCGUCCUGCUACGCUUUGGCCCCCGCAUUGAGAGGUCGAGGUGCAGUGCGAAGACAAACGUGGUGGCAGCGAUGUCGUAAUCCGCCGUUUAAUAUAAAUUCCAAAACGUGAUACAUGCAUCGGAUUUCAGGCGUUCUUAUAACGACACGCAUAUCAAUAUCUAAUCCCCGUGCUCCACACACUGAAUCGCACGUUUUAGUAUUUAUUUAAUAAACUAUGCAAAUUAUAUGCUGACAAGUUCAUUCACGAAAGACUCGUGGGUGACGGACACAGAAACUGCACAAUGACAACGGCCUGCUGCACCAUGCCGCUCCAGGUCCUGCUGUGCGCUUUGUGCAGAGUGGAACGCACGGGCAGCACCAAGGCUCUGCGUACGCCUCGGCUCUUUGUGUUUGUGCUGAUCCACCGCCAGAUUAUCUUAAAUACAGUACAGCAUCCACUGCCCCCUAAAUACCCAGCUGCUAAUCACACACCGAACCUGUAGCUAAUGCUCUGCUAAUCGUCACCCUCGGGGUCUGCUCACAGUCGCCCUCCAGGCUCCCUCCUCCCUCGCUCCUCUGGCCAUCACUUAAGGCUCGGCGUUGUCAGCCCUAAUCAGGCAUUAACCGAACGCGGUUUUUGUAACAAGGCUGUCGCGACCGGAUCCGCCACUCGGCACCGGCCCAUCUGUUGAGAGGCGCUUCUUGUCUGCGUGGAGCUGCGUGCAGAAACGUUAAUUUCGGAACAGCCACACGGACAACAAUCCUCAGCAGCCCCCAACGCAUGAGCAGAUGUCAGACCAGGCUCACGUUGUGGGCCUGAACGGGCUUACUGGUGCUGCACUGGACCGGCGCCGAGGAAGGGAGGCGAUCGAAUCCACGUCGAAGAGGGCCCGAAGCAUCGGCUCCCCCACAGAGGGCCUGGCUGAGGGCCCGGCGGGAGAUGGCCACGAACUCCCCCCGGGGCAGCGCUUCUCUCGCUGUGUCUCGGUCCUGGGCCGCACCGCCUCCUACCACGAACGCGACCACCACGGACUCCCUCUCCUGCAUGAGCAAGCAUUUCCAGAUUUGGAGCGGUCGUGUUCGUCGUCGGCGCCGUCCUCUCUUGCGUGGGCCCACGAUCCCCACGGUCACGACGUGCAGGAGGUCCUAGCGACGGGGCCAAUGGGGGCCCGGAGGAAAAUGGGGCCCCUGCCUCUACAGCAGCAAGAGCAGCAGCAGUUCCUGCACCAGCCCAGUCUAAUUCAGCAGCAGCAACUCCAGCUGAGGCACCAACUUCAUCAGCAGCUGCAUCAGCAUCCGCAUGGGCUGUUUGUGGAAAGGCAGAUGGCGCACGCGGCGCUGUCACUGUCCCCGCCGGCGGGCAUCCGCUCCGCGCUGGGCGUUGCCCAGCUGCACUCUCCCUUUCUGCCCGGGUCACCGCUGUGCCCCACAGCUGCUGCAGCAGCAGCAGGCGAGUGUCUUAAUUAAAAUUUUACGAC